AUGAAGAUCAUCAAAGCGCAUGACGAGGGGAAGAAGGUGAACAUUAUAGCACAAGAAGAAGGGCUGGCCCAUUCCACCAUCUCCACUAUUCUGAAGGAUAAGGAAAGGAUCAAAAAAGCAAUUAAAGGAGCAUCAGGAACAGAUGCCAUUAUAACAAGACAUCGAACAGGCCUCAUCCACGAAACAGAAAAACUACUACUACUUUGGAUUGAAGAUCAAAUCCAAAAGAGGAUUCCGAUUAGCCUUUCUCUCAUUCAGGCAAAGGCACGCAGCAUUUUCACAACACUGAAAGAAAGAGCAGGUCAGGAGUGCACCGAAGUCUUCACUGCCAGCCGUGGCUGGUUUAUGCGGUUUCAGCGAAGAUUUAAUUACCACAGCACACGCAAGUCACGUAAAGGUGCAAGUGUUGAUGAAGCUGCCAAACGUUUUCUGGAUGAACUAGAUGAUAUUAUUACAAAGGAGAGCUAUUUGCCUGAACAGAUAUUCAAUGUGGAGGAAACCUGGUUAUUCUGGAAAAAAAUGCCAGAGCAGACCUAUAUCCACAAAGAGGCCAAAGCAAUGCCGGGUUAUAAAACAUUUAAGGAGAGAGUAAUCUUGCUAUUGGGCGGAAAUGUCUCCGGAUUCAAGCUGAAGCCAUUUCUGGUCCACAAAUCGGGGAACCAUCGCGCAUUCAAAAACAUAUGCAAGCGCACACUGCCCAUUUAUUACCGAUCCAACCAGAAGGCUUGGAUGACACAAGUCCUCUUUGAGGAUUGGUGUAUGAAUUGUUUUAUACCUCAAGUAAAGGAAUAUUGCUUGCAAAAAAAGAUUCCUUUUAAAAUUCUCCUGCUCCUUGACAACAGACCUGGACAUCCUCCACAUCUUCAUAAUAUCUAUCCAGAUGUAAAAGUGGUUUAUCUACCCAAAAACACCACACCUCUCUUACAGCCUAUGGACCAGGGAGCUAUCACAAUAUUUAAAGCAUACUAUUUACGUGCAAUGUUUGCCAAAGCCGUCAGUGCAGUGGAGGAGGAGAAGAGGGUGACAUUGCGAUUUGACCAUAACAAAGAUUUGGAUGAAAUAAAUAAGGAAAUUUUGACACUUGUGAAAUCCCUUGAUUUAGAAGUCAAUGCUGAAGAUGUGAAAAGUUUGAUAACCUACACUGAGGGAGAACUUUCAAAUGAGGAUUUAAUCGAACUGAAAGAAGAAUUGGAAGCACGAAGGAUUCUCAGAUUUUAA